UUCUAUUACAACUUGCUAUGAGUUGUCUUUUUACUACUGUACACGAUGGGUUUCCGUUUUAUUGCGUUUGUUUUAGUUGUAAUCUUGUUUGGAACACAGACGGUUCGUGCAAAUCGUAGAAGCUGUGGAUGUUUGAAACCUUAUCAGAUAGCAGCGUGUGAUGCAGUAUUCAGCCCAAGGGCUAUGGAAGUGACUUGCUGUCACCCGAUGAAAACUUUUGUAGACACGAAUAACCAGUGCUUGGUCGAAUUAGAAACUGAUGAAUUUACUUGUGCAGUAUCAAAAUGUGCGACAGGGAAGUAUAACUUUACAACAAGAGACAACAUAGACCUGAAGAAAGUUAAACAUGUCCUUCAAAACAUUAGCGACAGUGAUCCUGAAACGACACCACUGGUUGAGGAAAUAAAGAAAAACUGUUUCGAUAAUCGCUACCUACGUUACGUCACUAGCGACCCCUGCUGUGAUAAUAUGAAGUAUGAAGUCUGUGCCUACGUUAGUUGUCUGAUGGGUUGUCAGAAGUUCUACACUCAUCCGCACAGAUGUAGAAGGCUGGCAAUAAACGUGGCUAUUUGCAAGCCAGUCCUUCAAAAGUACUUGGACUACAUCAAUGGAGAGAGCACUUGCUCAUCAAAGUAAAGGAAUUUAUUA